AUGGAAAACUUAAAACAAUCUGUCGUUAAGGAUCUCGAACAAACUGGGAGCCUAAACCAAAUCAGAGCCCAAAUAAAAGAAAAAAUUUUGCUUGCAGCUGAUCUGAUUGAAGCAAAUAAGCCAGUUCCAUCGCCUGAGACUGAAGUUGUAUUGAAAUCUCAGGCCGGGCAAAUUUGUGCGGAAUUGAUCAGGGAUUUUUUUGAAAGCUACAAUUUAAGCUACUCUUUAAAUGUAUUUUUACCAGAAUGUCACUUGCCGGAGCACAGAGAAAAUAUACAGCAGCUAGAACAAAUUUUAAACCUUCAGUCAGAACCGUGCAAGCCUUUAUUGUAUAGCAUCAUUGAAGAUAUGUUUUCUAAUCCUGAAGGGGAAGAAGAGGAAGAGGAAUCUUUUGAAAAUGAAUACUUAAGACAAAAACAAGACCCCAGAGGACAGAGAAACCAGGGGCAGGCUCAAAAUUUUCAGAAAAAUAGAAAUUUUGCACCAAAUGAAUCAGGGUCAAUUGAUGAAGAAAUUAGUAUUGAUUUGUCUGAUGAAGAGAAAUUUAAGAGAGAUGAGUUGGUGGAAAGCGGAGGAACGUCAAUGGGGAACGAUCAAAGUGCAAGCUCGCUGAAAUUUGAACAGUUUGACCAUGUUGAGCCUGUAAAGAAACCUAUGUUUAGAGUUUAA